CAUCACGAAAGCUGGUGUUACCGAGGUAUGCCUCACAUAACUUCCAGGGAGAAGUUUGUCCUGCAAGGGAAGCUCCUGGCGCUGUGUGACACCGAGACUGAUGGUGGAGGUUGGGUAAUCAUACAGAGACGUGUGCGAGGAAAUGUAGACUUCUAUAGAGGCUGGGAUGAUUACAAGAGAGGGUUUGGAACUCCAGACACCGACUUCUGGAUCGGAAAUGACAUUAUUCACAACCUCACCUCACAGGGCUACAAUGAAUUCCGUAUCGACUUCAUCUACAAUGAGACCCAAUAUUUUGCUCAGUAUGCAAACUUCAAUCUCGGCGAUGAGUCAGCUCAAUACCUCAUGACGGUUGGUGGAUAUUCCGGAAACGUCUACGACAGCAUGAGCUAUCAUAAUGGCAACAAAUUCACCACUUUUGACCGGGACAAUGACCUGAAUAACGAUACGAACUGCGCCGCGGCUUUCCUUGGGGCUUGGUGGUACAAAGAGUGUUACAAUGCAAAUUUGAACGGGGCCUGGUCAGAGACAGGCGGCUCGUAUGUUUGUUGGUAUUUUUCAGCUAGAGAUAACCGCUGCAAUCCGUCAUUUACAGAGAUGAAGAUUAGGAAUAUUUAG